AUGUCCAAGGAGACUUUUCCAUUCACCUCCACCUCCCUUCGUUCCCUGAGGGUGGAGCAGGAGCUUCAGGAGUGGGAAGAUGCUCGUCGGGCUCUGGCUCACAGGAGAGCCAUGAGCAGGGCCCCCUUACCCCCUGCCCCUAGGCCUCCUCCCAGGCACCAGGAGAGGCGGCGGGUCCAGGAGGUCCGGGCGGCUCCUCCUCAGGUCCGGUGCAGAGACACAGCCAUUCACAACACCUUCAUGUGUGGAGACAUGAAAGGAGUGUAUGCGGUGCUGAAGGACCCUGCCAUGGUCAACGCCCUGAUGGAGACGGUGCAUGAGGAGAUGGUGUGGACGCCAGAGAUGGGUAUGUGGACACUGAGCUCUAAGGUCAAACAAACGUCCGCCCUGCGUCUGGCCGCCAGCAGAGGACACAGCAGCUGUGUGGAGGAGCUGCUGUUCCGUGGGGCCGAGGCGAACGCCGACCCCGGAGGUAACACCGCCCUCCACGACGCCUGCAUCGGCGGUCACUCCGUGUGCGUUCAGUUGCUGCUUUCCCACGGCGCCGACCCUGAACUGUUGACCUCUGACGGCUGCGCUCCCCUUCACCUCUGCACCUCUGCUCAGUCAUUCCAUUGUGCUGAGUUGCUGUUAGACGACGGUGCAGAGGUCAACGUCAGGAUGAGGGAGUCUAGACUAACCCCUCUGCACGUGGCCGCUCGCCGAGGUCUGGAGAAGCACGUGGAGCUCUUCCUCUCCCACAACGCUGACGUGAAGGCCACAAACCGAGAGGGCGAGACCCCUCUGAACGCCGCCUGCUCCGGGGCUGAGAGGCCGUCAGAGGCGGGCCGGUACCUCGGCGUAGUUCAGAUGCUGAUGGAGGCAGGGGCUGACCCACGAACUGCAGGCCGGAAGAUGCACACGCCCCUGCACAACGCCUGUGCAAACUGCAGCCCCAGGAUCGUAGAAAUCCUCCUGCAGCAUGGAGCCAAGGCCGAUGUUUCCAACUCUGCAGGAUUCACACCAUUGGACUGUCUGUUACAGGUGGUGGAAGAUUAUCCAGACCAACAGCCUGAAGAGGUCGCACGGUCCCUCCUGAACCAUGGAGCUAAACCUGUUCCACCAAAGAUGCUGAAACAGUGCAUCCUGUCUCCGGCCACGUUGGAGGUUCUGCUAAACUCAUACACAUCAAUCCCUCCCUGUGACUGGAUGGACUCGCUGCCCACUGAUGUAUACGAGGAGCAGCAGUCUUUCUUUGACUUGGUGCAUACACGCAGCAAUCAGCCUCGGUCUCUGCAGCAUCUCUGUCGCUGUGCUUUACGCCUGCCGCUUGGAGCCCGGUGCUUCUCAGUGCUCAGUAAACUGGACAUUCCCAGAUCCGUGAGGGAUUAUCUGCUGCUGUGUAACGACGGGACGCUCCAGUAAAGGGCUCUUCACUCUCUGGAUGUUAUAACACUGUCCAACACCAUGGAGCAUCUUUAGAUGGAAAGAAUGUCUGCCAUUUUUAUUUAACACUUGGUUUUAUCAUCUUUGAAAUAUUCUGAAUUGUGAUUUCCUUUAUGGCAAUGAACU